AUGAAGCGAUUGCGGGGGAUGCCCGGGACCAGUCGCACUGGGAGUUCUUCCUCGUCGAAGCUCUCGGCAUGGGCUCCGCGUGGCAUGAGAAGCAGCGGCUGCUGCCGCUCUUCGUCCUCUUCUUGCGGCAUGGCGGGGACCCCCCAGGUAGAGUUGGAGGUCCAACUCGACGACCAGGCCCACAAGCGGGCCAGUGCGCUGAAGGCCGCGCAGUCUGGUUUCGGCCUCAUCACGGACACGGUUGGCUGUCACGACCCUCUUGCUCUUGUUCCUGUUGAUGAUGGCCUCCCCGGUCGUCUUCUUGAUGAUUGCCUCGGUGGGCCCCAAAUCGUCCCUCCGAUGGUUCGUUUGGUGGUUUUCCUGAUGGUGCCCCUGAUGGUCCCUCCGAUAGUCUUGGGAAGGGGCAAGAAGAAGGUCGAACUGGUGUACGAUCUGGAUGAUCUUCCCGGGGCCCGCACAAUGAAGCCGCUCCGAGAUCGGAUGGGAAAUGUGUUUUCCCUCCGUGAGCUCAUCACAGCUCUGUUCCCGGCCAAGGCGGCGGCCACCCUUCACAAGCUGGUCGAUUCGCCUCUCGCCGCUAUUCGCCCGCAGAGCGAGCGUUAA